AUGGCGCCUCACAAGUCCAAAGCCCGCGCGCACCACCCGCAGCCACCACCACAAUCUGACUACGAGACAGACGCGCCGCCUGCUGUCGACGUACCCCUCCCACCUCCGCGGUCCAACGAAGAGCUCAACUUCUCCGUGCUGCGCCGCAUCUACCCCGAGCUGGCCGCCAUAGAGCACGUCACGCCCUACGCUGCUCUCUACACCUUCAGUCUUGAGACGCAGCAGUGGGAGAAGCUCGGUGUCGAGGGCACCCUUUUCCUCUGCAGACUCACACCGUCGCCCAUUGGCGCCGACCGCUACAGCGUAGCCAUACUGAACCGCCGUGGCCUCGACAACUUCUACCUGGAGCUCACCAGCGAGGAGGAGAUGGAGUUCACCGACCCCUAUGUCAUUCUUCAGGGUGAUCAGGUGUACGGCAUCUGGGUGUUCGCAGACCCGCCGCCCGCGUCUACCGCCAACUGCCGCACCGACACCGCCAACAAGAUCAUGCAGGCUGCAGAGAAGGCACGCUUGUGUCGCGAGGCCAAAGAGAAGGCAAGAGCAGAGGUAGACACUGCCCCAUCUGCCCCAAUGGGGCGCCAGCUCUCCCUUCGCGAGCUGUUUGGCCAGCAGCGUCAGCAAGAUGCAGGAUUCAGCAUUCACGACCACCACAGCCAGCACGUUCAACAGGCCCACCCGCCGCAGCAGUCCUAUACGCCAACGCCCAACCCUGGCAUGUCGCAGCAAGAUGUGCUUGGCCAGUUGUUCUUCAAUGCAAAGCAGAACUACAGUGGCCUUGGCUGA